AUGUAAACAUCUGAAUUGCACUGAAGCUGGAUGUUUGUGGUUUGCUGAUACACGGAGGGCCACACAGGUCAAUCAUCCACAAAAGUUUGUUUAUUUCUCCUUAGGUUGCCAAAUGGGUGAGAGAGGAGCUGAGCCCUGAAGGGACACGGCAUUAUUUUGAUGUGUGGCACAUUGCCAAAAGUCUGGGGAAGGCAUUGGAUGCAGCUUCAAAAGAGUGUGACCAACUACAGCUGUGGAGGCCUGCUAUAGUGAAUCACCUCUAUUGGACUGCAGCCUCAACCCCAGACGGCAACCCAGCAGUCAUGGAGGCUAAAUGGAAAAGUAUAGUCAACCACAUCCAGGACAUCCAUGACCAUGACACCCCUGCUUUCUCCAGUUGUGCCCAUGGCCCUCUAGACGGGGAUCAGCGCAACAAAGAGUGGCUGGACCCAGGCUCAUUGGCAGCUGUAAAGUUGGAGAACAUAAUCACGAAGACUGCCUUACUGAAAGAUGUUCGACAGCUGUCUCCACAGCAUCAGACAUUCUCCCUUGAGGUUUACCACUCCCACAUCUUGCACUUCGCACCCAAGCACACAGGGUUUUCAUACGUUGAGAUGUAUAGCAGGCUUCUCUUAGCGGCGCUGCAUUACAAUCACAAUGCCAACCGCGAGACAGCACGGAAAAGUGAUGGGACGGAGAAGUACUGUGUGCGGUAUCCGCGCUUCAGAAAAGGUGCCCAUGUGGUGUGUCCCAUCAAAGAGGCAGCCUCAUACGGUUAUGCAACAUCAUUGAUGAAGGCCCUUCAGGAAAGCUACACCCAUUCACCUGCAGCUCUUCGAGAGGUUAGCGCUAAUUUGUCCUCCGAUGCACCCGCCCCCAUCGCUAAAUCCUUCGAACAGGUUCCUAAGGAGGAGGCCGUCAGCCUCUUCCUAGCCCGGCAGUCACGCUACAAGAGAACCUAAAUUCACAUUAUUAUUAUUAUUUUUUUCCACAGACAAGUCCAAUGAUUUAGUUGUAAGUAUUUAUUUUAGUUGUUAUUUAUCUUCUUUCCUUCUGUCCCUGUCAUCUCAUAUGGUGGUGGUUUCCUGUAUUCUGCAUGUUUUGUGUGUUGUUGCUUUGGUUUUACUUUGCACUAAAUCAUUACUUUUUUCGUCUUUGUAAGUGGCAUUAAUUGUCGCUGUACCCCAUUCAAGGGGUCCUGCAUGCUGCAUGUCUGCUCCUCUGUCUGUUAUUUGCAUGAAAUUUGUUUUAUGUAAUUCAAAAUAAUUUACCAAUCAUUUUACCUGUGCCUUGUCAACCUCUGUGUGCGGUGUUGUCUGGGUUCACUGUGUGUCAGCUUGAUAUGCUUUUGCAUGUGUCACUGCAUAUGCAUUCAUGAAAGAGUGUGAGUGUGUGUGAGUGACUGUGUGUGAGUAAGUGAGUGUGAGUGAGUGCGAGAACCAUCAGUUGACCCUCAGGUAAGACUACACUUUUGCAGGCAAAAGAAACAAUGUGCAAAGGUUUCAGGUCUAGCCCUUCAUCAGUGGGCUUUUUUUAUAUAGAUUUGUUUACUUGCAACCUGUGUCUUUGUUCAGUAAUCCUUGUCCUUGUUCAGUAAAUGUUUAGUAACCCUUACAAGCAAUGCCAAUAAACUGUUUUUUCUUAUUAAAAUUCAUGUGUUCUGUGUACUUUAUAACAUUUUAAGGGCAAUUGGGCGAUCACAACAGAAUAAACAAUUAUUUUUAUUCAUUCUCAUCCAAACGAGGCCAUUGAAAGCCCUGAUAGGUUUGGUCACCACUUUGGAAGUUUUGUCUGAUGGUUGAAACCACACAAGAGGGUAGAGGCUUCCUUAUACUCCUCCCUAAAACUCCAUAAGCCCAGCGUAUAGCCUGCCUGUACGCAGUG